AUGUGGACACAAACAAUUGCCAUUCUGGCGAUUUUAUCCCCGUGCAUUGGGCAAUUGCUUGCUGAAAUUUUUUAUAGUAGCAAUACAGACGCAAUUCUAAUAGCUAGCAUCUCUUCAGCAAUAAAUCAAAAAUUUCCCUUGAAAGUAGAAGUUAACGAAGUCUUUAUCAAUACAGAUUUGAAUAUCGAAAAUCUCAGUGAAGAGUCGGAUAUUAUUUUUGAUCUUUCUGAAAGUGCCUCAAUCUCAGAAAUUAUUAAAGAUUUUUCAGAAAAGCAUCAAAUAAUUCAUGUGUCAAUAAAUUCUGCUAAUUCAUAUACUGAUUGGCAGUAUUUUACUCAUCCUACAAAUUUGGAAAAUUUAGUUGCUUUAUCAAGCUUAGUGAGUUUUUUAAAUUGAGAAAAAUUUAUUAUUAUUUUUGAUGAAAAUACAAUUGACUACUUCAAGGACUUCAAAGAUCAGUUCUUAUUAAAGCAAUGAGUGCCAUUUUUUUUCGGCAACAAAGAAACCCAAACAUUUUCAGACAAUUUUAUUGGGAAGGUAAUCAAAUCUACUGGGAUCAGAAAUAUUGCCAUAUCGAAUCAAGGUGAAAGUGCCUCAAAAUUAGUUAAAAGUUUGAGAAAUAAAAAUAUGAUGAAGGAAGGAAUCGGGAUAAUUUUGGGAAGCAGAAGCUGAUGGGAUGUAGAUGAAAAUGGGAUUUUGGGUUAUACCGAAUCAGGGCUUGAGAAUGCUACAGACUACUAUAGCUAUGAAGCUUUAGCUUGCGUCAAAUUAAUGGACAUGAUACUCACUUUUCCGUCUAGCAGCAAUAAUUUAGACUUAAUAGAUUACUUAGAGCAAAAUACAAUAAACCACCAUCCAAUCCCUAGUUUUACAAUUAUGAACUCAUAUAAUAACGAAAAAAGAAGAGUCGGAGCAAUCGUUGAUGGAGCGAUUAUUUGAAAUGAUGAUUUAAUUUUCGUUGGGAAUUCGUCAUCUAUUCCAAAUUCUCCAACAACACCAAUAAAUAUAUGAAUAGCGGAUGGUACCACAAAUCCUGGAUUUGCAAAUAGCGAUUUGACAUAUUCCAUUAAAGCAGGAGCACACUAUGCUUUACUUUCUUAUGUGCAAAAGACUCACUUUCUUGAUGGCUUUGAUAUUGUGCUCACGCAUACAGAUUGUGGAGCCGAAGUCUACAAGCCAGCCUUUUCUAUGAAAUGCUUUUCUGAAUUAAAAGGCAACCCUGGCAUUGCUUUUAUGACGACUCCACUUCCCUCUACCUUAUUUGGAAAUUUGAUUUCUAUGAAAGCUUUGAAUAUUACAAUUCCAGUUAUAUCCGAAUAUGCAACUCCUCAAGCAUUGGAAAGUAAAAUUAAUUACCCACAAUUCAUGAGAAUUGCUGGGUAUGACUUAUACCAUACUAGUGUCCUUACCACACUAAUCAAUGUUUUUGGAUGGAAGAAUAUAGUUUUAAUACUAGAAAACUCGACAGACAAUAUUGUCAUUCACGAUUAUAUUGUCAAAUGGGCAGAAGAAUUUAAAAUUAACAUUGCAAACAAAGAAGAAGACAGAUGAAUUAUGCUGAGCUAUAAUCAUACUAGAUUUGAUACAGUAAAAGAGUGAAUGAAGAGAAUAAUUGAUUUAAAAGUGAGGCCUAUGCUAUUUUAUGUCACACCGCCAUUUGAGUAUAAUGCAAUUGUUGAUUUUUAUGAAGCUGGCUUAAGGCAAGGAAAUGGUAUUUUUUUACUUACUAAUAGAGUUGCUUUUGCUCAAAUUCAUGUAAAUGGUGAUGCUGCUAAGCAAAGAUUAAGAGAGUUGCUAUACGGUGCAUUAAUAAUAAUGGAAGCUGAAUUUAUUGGAGAAUAUGGUCAAGAAAUUUUGAAAGAACUACAAGAGUAUUACUAUCCUUUAGCUACAAGUGAUUUUAAGUGCUUAUCAUUUGAAGCUGCUAUGCUGAUUUUGCAUGGAUUAAAAUAUACAUUAGCUCAAGGGGAUGACUAUGAAGAUAAUUCUGUAUUCAAUACAAAUCUCAGACUCCAAAAAUUUUUGGGCUGCUCAGGAACUGUUUCAAUUGAAUCUGAUAGCAAUAAUCGAAAUUCAGCAACUCUUGGGAUCUAUAAUAUGAGGUGAAAUGAAAGCACUGGAUUUAUCUAUGAAUCAAUAACUGGCACCUAUAGUGUUGGAAGUAAACAGCUGUUCACAUUUUUCGAUAAUAUUAUUUGAUUUAACAAUAAAACAACUCUUCCUGAUGAUAAAAUUGUGUACGAUAAUGGAUGUCCUUUUGACAAGAGUGAAAUCAGAUUCUCUACAAAAGGAGCAGCAAUUUUUUACUCUUCAUCAGCUUUCAUUUUUAAUGUAUCGAUCGUUAUAACUUUCUAUGUAUGGAAAAAGCGUUGGCAUAGGGAAGAUCCAGAACCAAUAAAAAAAUCAAGAAUUCAAUUUGAGGAUUAUAUAGCAAUGAUUGCGGUUUUUAUCGAUUUUUUCCAAUUCCUUUCUCUCGGUCCUGACUUCAGUUACGAUGUUUUUUCAACGAAAGUAUCGACAUGAGUUUCAAUAAAUAUAGGAUGACUAAACAAAGGAGAAAGACUCUGGAUCUAUUUGAAUUGCGCUGUAGUGAUUGUUGCUUUAUGAGUAUUCUUCAGUAUUCAAGUUGCUUUUAACCUAUUUGAAAAGUCUGACAAUACUUUCAGCUCAGCUAUCCGAGCAAUGUCAAAAAUAUCAUUAACAAUAAUAGGAAACUUGGGCUUUUUACCUCUUAUUUCUGUAUUUUUAAGCUCUUUUGCAUGCUAUGAAUCUAUAGGUCCAAAUAUAAAACAAACAUUUGUACAUCAAGACUGCUCUACAUUUUGCUGGCAAGAUAAGCAUAUCAUAUGAGCUACACUCUCUAUUAUUUCAUUACUUAUUUAUUUACCCUCAGCUAUAUAUUUUCGACCAUUUGCAGAUACUGUGAGCAAUGGAAAUAUAAAAUCUAAGCCUUUAUUUAUGAUGGCCAAAGGAGUUUUGCAAGUGAGUGCAAUUAUUUUAAGUAAGACGCUAAAAGUUUACUAUGCAAGCUUGCAUGGGCUUAUUUAUAUCUUGCUCGUUUCGAUUUUUAUUGUCUUUUGCAUUAAGCUUAAACCAUACAACUAUGGUCGAGUUAACCUCUGGCUAAUUAUAUCUUAUUUGGCUGUUAUAUGGGGUGUAUCAUUAUCUUCUAUUUCUUCUAUUUCCUCAUAUCAAUCUAUACCAUUAUGACUGACAGCUGAUUUUAUAGGUUGGGCCUUAUUGACUUGCACAGGGCUGUAUAUCCAAGCUGGGUAUUGCCCAUCAAUGCUGUUUACUGAAGAAAAUGGUGAUAUUGGGGUGUUAUUUAGAUUUCAGCUUGGAAAGUCAAUAAAUGCAGACAAAAUUAACCAGAGCAUAAGAGAAAGGAAAUCUGAAUCAGCCAGAUUUAGUAGUGAUUGUUUAAAUCUUGAAGGCUCCGAUAGAACCCAAAACAAUUUUAUUGUAGAUAAAGGCAAAGACUGUAAAAAAGGAGAAGUACUGCCAUUUAAACUUUCGUAUCAUUAA